CGAUGGAAAAUGGAAUGCUGGUGGGUUCCUCACAAGAAGACGAAGCUGAGUUACAGAAACUCACUCUCCUUCGCUCCUGUCCCUCUCCAUUGCCUUACCUUUCAUUUGCGGUGCCUUUGAUUUCAAUUAUUAUUAUUGUUACCAUAAACAACAAGCCCAUAUUCGUCUCUCCUUCGUCUCCAAUUUCUAUUAUUUUAUGUUCUUCAUCACACCCAGCAGAAUCAAAGACUUUGGUGUAUUUAGUCUAGGAGCUGUGCUGUUUUCGGGAAACGAAAUUGAUGGUUUACUCUUGCUUGGCACAGAACAAUUUCAGGUUUAGAUGGUUUUGCAGUUAUAGAUGGCAACUUUCCUGUCUUCACUUGUCAUACAGCCCUUCUGUGUACAUAAUUGUGGAGUUACUGAAUCAUUAAAACUUGCUGUAAGUGAUCACCUUACAUAUGGACAAAAGACAAAGUAUCAGUCUGGAAAAAUGGAUGAGGCUAGAAUGCUAGCUCAUGGAGAAAGUAAAGUAGGUGCUGUGAAAUCUUCGCACCGCAACCUUAGUAAAGCAUAUGUUACAUCGGGAAUUUUGGUUGGGAAAAGUGGACAGAGAUUGGGUAUUGGUGGUAAAAGUAAGGAACAAAGAAAGGUUGCAACCUAUCUAUUUAGAACAGAGUUUGGGGAUUUGGUGAAUGUUUUUGUUGGAAAGACAGGGUCUGCUUUUACAGUCAAUAUUGAAAUUUCUUCCAUGCAACUAGUGAGCACUGAUGAAACACUACUGCUUAGUUGGAGGGUUUAUAGAUCUGAUUCGGCUCCUGUAACUUCCAACUUUCAGAGUUCACCCCCAGAUGGGACAACUGGAGCCACUGAAACCCCUUUUGUAAAAACUUCUGAAGGAAAAUUUUCUGUUGAAUUGGAGUUUGAUGCUAAGCACACUCCUUUCUACCUUUCUUUUGUGUUGAAAUUUCCAAUGGGUGUUGAUUCAGGCAGCUCUGAAAUUAGAAGUCAUAGGAAGACUAGCUUUUCUGUACCUGUUGGGUUUGGUCGAGGUUAUCCGAGUCCGUUGGGUCUUUCCAUUUCUGGUGACGGUUCUAUAAAUUUUUCCAUUUUCUCAAGCACUGCAGAAAGUGUAGUUUUAUGUCUGUACAAUGAUAGCACAUCAGAAAAACCUCUAUUAGAGCUAGAUUUAGAUCCAUAUAUUAACCGAUCAGGUAAUAUUUGGCAUGCCUCAUUUGAAGGUGCCUCAAAUUUUGUAAGCUAUGGUUAUCAAUGCAAGGGGUUGAAGUCUCAUGAAAAUCAAGAUGGACUUGAAGUAAGUCGGAUUGUCGUGGAUCCAUAUGCUAAGAUCCUUGCACCAUCUAUUCCUAAAUCCCGUGAUCAGGGACUUGGAUUUCCUUUAAAAUUUCUUGGGCAAAUAUCCAUAGUUCCCGCUUUUGAUUGGGAUGGCGAAGUCCGUCCUAACUUGCCAAUGGAAAAACUGUUUGUUUAUCGGUUAAACGUGAAGCGCUUUACCAUUGACAAAUCAAGUCAGCUUCCGGCAGAUAUUGCCGGUACAUUUUCUGGCUUGACCAAGAAGUUGUUGCAUCUUAAAAACUUGGGUGUGAAUGCAGUUCUACUAGAGCCAAUCUUUCAAUUUGAUGAGAAAGAAGGACCAUAUUUUCCCUUUCACUUCUUUUCACCGACAAACAAUUAUGGUCCUUCUGGGGCUUCAAUUUCUGCUAUAAACUCCAUGAAGGAAAUGGUUAAAGAACUGCAUGCCAAUGGAGUAGAGGUCAUCGUGGAAGUUGUUUAUACUCACACUUCCGUGGAUGGAGCACUGCAAGGCAUUGAUGACUCAUCUUACUAUUUUGCCAAUAGGGUCGCAAAUUUGGAAGAAAGAAGUGCUCUGAACUGCAAUUAUCCCAUAGUGCAGCAAUUACUUUUGGACAGUCUUCGAUAUUGGGUGACUGAGUUUCAUGUAGAUGGUUUUUGUUUCGUAAAUGCUUCAUUUUUGCUGCAAGGACAUCAUGGAGAAUUGUUGUCUCGGCCUCCUUUUGUAGAAGCGAUUGCUUUUGAUCCGAUUUUAUCAAAAACUAAACUAGUUGCAGACUUCUGGGAUCCACAGGAGUUGGUAUCAAAGGAAACUCGUUUCCCUCAUUGGAAGAGAUGGGCAGAGGUGAAUUCAAAGUUCUGUAGUGAUAUAAGAGAUUUUUUCAGAGGAGAAGGUCUUAUUAGUAGCCUUGCAACCCGGCUUUGUGGCAGUGGAGAUGUAUUCUCAGAUGGUCGAGGCCCUGCAUUCUCUUUCAAUUUCAUUGCUAGAAACGUUGGUCUUCCUCUUGUCGACCUUGUGAGCUUUAGCAACAGCAAUUUAGCUUCAGAGUUGAGUUGGAACUGUGGGGAAGAAGGACCAACGAAUACUCUUAAAGUUCUAGAGAAACGACUCAAACAAAUUCGUAAUUUUAUAUUCGUGUUGUUUGUUUCACUUGGUGUUCCUGUUCUUAACAUGGGAGACGAGUGCGGCCAAUCUUCAGGGGGAUCUGUGGCAUUUAAUGAUAGGAGGUCAUUCAAUUGGGAUUUACUAAAAACGGAUUUCGGUACUCAAACCACACAAUUCAUCGCAUUUUUGAGUUCAUUUAGAUCAAGGCGUUUUGACCUUUUCCAGAGCAGAAACUUUCUGAAGGGAGAGAACAUAGACUGGUUUGAUAAUAACCAAUCACCACCACAAUGGGAAGAUGCUUCUUGCAAAUUCCUGGCUGUGAUGCUGAGGGCUGAUAAAGAGGAAAAUGAAUCAAUCACUGAGAAUCCCAAGACUCGAAGCGACAUAUUCAUGGCAUUCAAUGCAUCUGACCAAUCUGAAAGUGUUGCUUUACCCGAACCAUCAGAAGGUACAUCCUGGUUUAGGGUGGUUGACACAGCUCUCCCUUUUCCCGGGUUUUUUUCAUCCGAUGGUGAGCUGGUGCCAAUGACAGGAUCUGUUACUUACGAAAUGCAAGCUCACAGUUGUGCACUUUUUGAGGCUAAAAGUGCCAAUGCUUGAAAUCCUGCACAUAUUGUAACUAAUAGAGAAUCUCAAGCCAAGUAGAAUAAUAAGACACAUAAAACAGCAAAUGUGCCCAAAUAAGGAUGAUUCAUAAGGCAACUCCUUGUAGCCAAAUAUAUGUAUUUUCAUAAGUUUCUUCCAUCAAAAGAUUUUCUUUCAUUAGACUGA